GAUGGUAACACCAGUUCACUGGCAGUCUUUUAUCUGCCUACACUGUUCUGUAUCUAUCUUUAUUCAACCCUGACUGCCACCAUGACCUUUAACUUUCUAUAGAAUCAUAUAAUGUCAUAAUUGAUUAUAAUAAUUUUAAUUUCUAUAGAACAUUAAUAGUUGUCUACCAUUUAAUGAACCUCUAGUUGGGCCAUUUCAUUCUUUCAGGAGUGUUUUAUCGAUUUUUAACACACCAAUCCACCACUGAAUAUAGUAAUGAAAACAGCGAGGAUACAUCAGGAUAUCCAAAUACAACAUAAACUAUAGAUCGUCGCUUGAAGAAACUACAGAAGAAUUGUUACAAUCUCAAAGAAACACUUUUAUUUUAAAAAAAAAAUGUAUAUAUAUUUGAUGAAUUGAUUGGGAUGAUUUAUUGCUUUGGUUAAUUUUGUGAUGAAAGUCAGUGUGGAAUUAUCACAUGCAGUUAUUUAAUGAAAAUUUGCUUUUAAAAGAGAUGUUUAAACAGGUGCUUGUAUAUAUAAAAAAAAACACACAGACAUAAUAUUUUAUCCUUACUAAAUUUUCAAACUCCAGUUCAACAUUUGAGAGCAGCUUUUCAUCUUUUUGGACAAUGAUCGAGUCACCGAAUCAGAAAAUUGCGUUUAGCCACCUCCCAGAGUCGGAGAAGUCUUUUUAUGAGAAGAUAACGCUGGGCUUGCCGUCAGCUUUGAAAAAGGUGAGCGGCGUGCACAAAGUAGAGAUACAGAGGAAAAAAGGGUGCACAGAGGACGAGGUCUUGUCAUGGGAGAUGCGCAAUGACUGCAGGCUCCCGGAGGACUUGAGGAACUUUUACAAAUCGACAGACGGCUUCUAUUUGACGUGGGGCUACAAGAUGACUUCGGACGUCAUCCCGAUUGGUAAGCUGGCGAUCAACAGGCUGAGUUGUCUGAACAAACUGUACAACGAGUCUCUCCUUGCCCUCUCGCCGGUCGUGCCGCAUGACCAUCCGCGAUUCGAUAGGCUCACAGAUAAGAUAUUUGCCUUGGAUUACACGAGAGAUGGCUGUUACCCUUGCCUCGUCUACAUGGGCCACAAGGAUGAGUACUCAAUCUGGCUGCUUGACCGCAGUCUUGAAUGGCACUUUUUAUCAUCAACAUUCAAUAAGUAUUUUCGAGUCAUGCUGAUACAUCAAGGCCUUCCACAAUGGCAGUUGAUGCUGACACCUGUGGGCAUGGCACCAUGGGCGGAACAACUGGCAUACUCGAUGGCGCAGAACGUCGUUUAUGAGGGAGAGACGAGAGUGAAGGCUCAAAGAGGCGAACCAUCCAAGGUCUCACCCGAAAUACAGUUCCUCGUCAACGAGGAAAAGCCACUUAAAGGGGACGUCGCGGAGCUCUACACUCUCCCUUUCGACGACGGCAGCAAUCUUUUAGAAGACCUGAGCAUCACUUAUGAAUCCGGCAGCAGCGAGAACAUCUCAGACAUCGACAGCGACACCCACUUGGAUGCAGAGUCGGACAUAUUCGAUGAAUUCAUUGAGUUGACAAGCGAAGAGUGCAUCGCCGACGUCAUCCUUCCCACCGAUGAAAUGCCGCAUGAAGAAUCUCCUCCCCCUCUUCCGAAAAUCGAUUACAUGGAAGUAUUGCAGAGCAUUAGCAAAAUGGCAGGGUGCAUGAGGAACAAUUCCUCUGCAAAUCUAACCAGAGACAAUGAGACCAAGACACAAAAACUUGAUAAAGAAUGAUAAAACAAUAAAUGUUAUACAUUUUUUUAAAAAUUA